UCUCUCAAAUUGGUGCUUUAAUUGGGGGUUGCUUUUGCUUGGUGGAGGAAGGGAAAGAGGAAGUGGAGUUGAGAGGCGAAGGGAAGGAGAUAAAGAUUGCCAGGGGUUUCCAUUUCCAUCGAAUCUAAGGAAAGAAGCGACAGGGAGGGUUCCGUGGGUUGCGAUGCCGGAGGCGGAGGACAGGAAAGAGGCAACGGUGGUGGAGACGGACAAGGAGACGGAGGAGGAGGACGAUGCGGGAGGAAGAGAUGUGGCUGCGGUGCUGGACUUCGACAUGCUGUGCGCCACUGUGGCGCUCCAGACGCAGGGGCUCUCCGUGGGGAAGACGCGCCGGAAAGAUUCGGUGGCAGAAGAGGCGAACGAGGAGGCGGGGUUGGAGUUCGGUGGCGUGCAGCGGAUGUGGGAGGGCGACGUCAUGGAUUGCUUCGAGGACCGGCGCAUCGCCAUCGAAGCCGCAUGUUGCCCAUGCUAUAGAUUUGGGAAGAACAUGCACAGAGCCAACUUAGGGUCGUGGUUUCUUCAGGCAAUGGUGUAUUUUAUCUUUAUAGUUGUUUCAUUGUUCAAUUUCAUAGCUUUUGGUAUUACCGACCAUCAUAGCUUCUUAUAUAUGGGAAUUGUAUCUACCAUCUUGACGGGGUUGUAUUUGGGUUACUUCCGUACCCGAAUAAAGAAGCAAUUUAACAUACGGGGAAGUGAUAGUUCUUUAGAUGAUUGUGUUAACCAUCUCAUCUGCCCUUGUUGCACAUUAUGCCAGGAAUCAAGGACAUUGGAAAUGAACAAUGUCCAAAAUGGUGUAUGGCAUGGUCGGGGCGACACGUUAUGCUUAGCUACUGGUGGUGAAGGAAGCAAGGUGUUCACAGCUCUCCGCAAGCCUCCUCUGUUUCCAACCAAAUCUCCAGAUAUUUGUAGCAUGGAGAGAACAACAAAUGGCAGUGAGCACUUAUGGAAUGCAGACGGAAGCCAUUCUGAGCCUCUAGUCCCAUCAGUCCAAUUAGGACAGCAAGCUUGAAAUACAAGCUAGCUGUCUGUUAUGUUCUUAGAUUAACAUUGGGAAGGAAGUCGAAGUUUAAUGGCCAUUUUUCUACUUGAAGCUGACUCAAAAAGAUUCUUUGUAACGAUAUCCCAGAAAACUAUGAUAUUGAAAAGUUUCAUGAAAGGAAAGGACUUGGCUGGUUGA